CCCUGGCUGAUAGUGAAAGGCGCGAGUUAUUAUUAAGCUUGACUUUGCUCUCCAUCACAGUAGUCCGGGUGCCGUACAGUAUCUGCGAGAACGACACCGGAGUAACAUCUAGUAACCGUUUGCUGCUGCUUUCCGUCGAAGCAAAUGGAUCGCUUCUGCUGGAGGAGGCACGUCGUCGUAGUGUUGCUGUCGGUGUUGUCGGUGAAUAUCAAUCGUGGCGCGUGGGCCGAUACGAGAUGUCCGGGAGAGAAUGAAAUCUGUGUCCCGACCGAAAGCUGCCUGUACGGUAUUGUGAAUGAGGCAGCCGCCUUCAUUAUGGUACCGCGCUUUGGUGAAGAUGAUGAGUGUGAGGACGAUGAUCAGGUCUGCUGUAAGAAGGUGCCGGUUACGGCAAACACAUAUUCCGUCAUCACUACGACUGAGACACCGGCGGUGAAUAGUGAAUCUGAGGAGGAGGAGGAGGAACACGAUUGGAGUGAGCAGUGCGGCAAAAAUGCAAACAUUACGGAAAGCACUGGCUUUCUGACGAACCGCCGGGAGUUUCCCUGGAGUGUGGCGAUAUUCCGGAUCGCUUUGGUGGCCGGAAGAACGAAGAAUAUAUUUCUCUGCGGUGGAACUCUGCUCGAGGAUGGUACAGUGUUGACCUCGGUCGAGUGCGUCCGACAUCAGCCGAAAGCGUCUCUGAGGGUUCAAUUCGGUCGGUGGGAUUUAGGAGAAAGUAAUGAGAGAGGCACAAAGGUCCUCGAAGUAGAAGAGAUAGUUAUUCAUCAGGACUACAAACCAUCGAGUAAGCAGGAUAAUAUUGCGCUCCUGUUCCUCGCUGACAAUGUGCGGUUUGGUCCGUCCGUCAAUCGUGUCUGUAUUGGGGAGAAGAAACACCGAUACGACACUGACUAUCACUGCUACACGGUCGGAUGGGGUACAAGGUUCAUUAAUGGGGCCAAUCGGCUGCAAAAGAUGAAAACAUUCUUGGCCCCCACUAACGAGUGCCAGGAAUCGAUUCGACGACAUACGUUGUUGUCCAGAUUUGAGCUAUCGCCGAAGGAUGUCUGUACUGAUGCGGUGGACGCAAUGGGCACGGACUAUCCGUGCGCGCGAAUCACCGGUUCCGCGUUGGUGUGCGCGAAGAACAAUCAGUACUUUCUGGUCGGUAUUGCCUCGUACUCACUGCGGAAGUGUUCUCGCACCAACGUCAACGAUGUGUUUGUGGAUGUCCGAGAGUACAGUGCGUGGAUCGAUGGACAUAUGCGCUCUCGGUUCCGUGAACCAAGUACCUACCGUCCCGUUCCCGUUGAGUCCGAUUAAAGAGUAAUAAAAAACCGUUCUACCGCGGUACCUACGGUGA